GCUCCUCCACACUUUGCAGGAUGCUGGGAAACCUCACAUCAGUUUGGGUGUUAUUGCUGUGUCUGACAUUGGGCAGCCAACUCACGGACGUGGCUGCCGCACCCCUCUGUACCAACGCCCCGGCAAGGUGUCGCAUCCUCGCCCUGGCCAACCUGUUUGACCGAGUCAUCCAGCACUCAGCCAGGAUGCACGGCAUCUCCAAUGGCCUGCACUCGGAGCUUGAGCAGUACUUCCUGCCCAGUAGGAAUCACAUUGGCAAGGUCAGCCGCAACUGUCACACCUCCACCCUCCUGACCCCCAACGGCAAGGAGAACGCUCAAAGAAUGGCGCGAGAGGAGCUAACAGAGGUGAUCCUGAAGCUCCUGGUGGCGUGGAAGGACCCCUUGUGGCAUUUCCACCAGAUCACCGCCCACCAGCAUGACCUCGCCAACUUCAGCUUGGAUAAAACUCUCGAGAUGAGCAACAUGGUGCACGAGCUACGCAAAGGCGUGGAGAAAGUGGCCGAGAAGAUGCAGACGCUGGGAAUAAUAAGCAACUCGGUCAGUAGCCUGUCAUCUUUGGAGGAUAUACUGCCCUCUGAAAGUGCUGAGUGGCGCCUGAUGAACGACUACGAACUCCUCUACUGCUUUCGCCGAGACUCCGACAAGAUCCAGAACUACCUGAAGAUCCUCAAGUGUCGCAUCGUCCCCGAGUACGGCUGCUAAAUAGUAGAAGAGAGGAAGAAAUAAUACAGAGCUCCACUUCAGGGAAUAUACAUCGGAAAGGAGUUUUAAACUACACAGAUUAAGAUGUAGUUUACUGUGGGAUGUGUUUACUGCUGUUAUGAAGCAAUAGCGAAACCCAAAGACUUUGACAAUCUCUAUUCUUAAUACAGCACAG